GUCCGUCCCCGGUCCGCCCCGCUGAAGCGCGGAGAUGAAAUUCCCGGCCUCGGUGCUGGCGUCCGUGUUUCUGUUCAUAGCCGAGACGACGGCGGCGCUCUACCUGAGCAGCACCUACAGGUCGGGCGGGGACCGCAUGUGGCAGGCGCUGACGCUGUUUUUCUCGCUGAUGCCCUGCGCGCUAGUGCAGCUCACCCUCCUCUUCGUGCACCGCGACCUGAGCCGCGAUCGCCCGCUCGUGCUGCUACUGCACCUGCUUCAACUCGGGCCCCUGUUCAGGUGUUUUGAAGUCUUCUGCAUCUACUGUCAGUCAGGCCACAGUGAAGAACCUUAUGUCAGCAUCACCAAGAAGCGGCAGAUGCCAAAAAAUGGCUUCUCAGAGGAGAUUGAGAAGGAGGUGGGCCAGGCAGAAGGCAAGCUAUUUACCCACCGUUCUGCAUUUAGCCGGGCUUCAGUGAUCCAGGCUUUUCUGGGCUCCGCCCCCCAACUGACCCUGCAGCUGUAUAUAAGCGUCUUGGAGCAGACCAUCACUGUUGGAAGAGGCUUCCUCAUGACCUUGUCCCUGUUGUCCAUUGUGUAUGGAGCUUUACGCUGCAACAUCCUAGCCAUCAAAAUCAAGUAUGAUGAAUAUGAGGUCAAAGUGAAGCCUCUGGCCUAUGUCUGCAUCUUUUUCUGGAGGGGCUUUGAGAUUGCCACACGAGUCAUUGUCCUGGUCCUCUUUACCUCUGUCCUGAAGACCUGGGUGGUGAUGAUCGUACUCAUCAACUUCUUCAGCUUCUUCUUGUACCCCUGGAUCAUCUUCUGGUGCAGUGGCUCCCCAUUCCCCGAAAAUAUAGAGAAGGCCCUCACCCGGGUGGGUACCACCAUCGUGCUGUGCUUCCUCACUUUACUGUAUGCUGGCAUCAACAUGUUCUGCUGGUCAGCUGUACAGCUGAAAAUUGAUGACCCUGACCUCAUUAGCAAGUCCCAGAAUUGGUACCGGCUCCUGGUGUACUACAUGUUGAGAUUCAUCGAGAACGCCAUCCUCCUGCUCCUGUGGUAUCUUUUCAAGACUGACAUUUAUAUGUAUGUGUGUGCACCUCUGUUGAUUCUGCAGCUGCUCGUUGGGUACUGCACAGCCAUUCUCUUCAUGCUCGUGUUCUACCAGUUCUUUCACCCUUGCAAAAAGCUCUUCUCCUCCAGUGUUUCUGAAAGCUUCCAGGCAUUUCUCAAGUGUUCCUGCUGGAGACGGAGGCAGAAAUCCUGUGAGUCCUUAGAAGAGACAGACCUGAGGUCAUCCAGAAAACAAGAGGAGAUGCCUUCUAGCAGUAAAAGAAGUCCUGAGCCCAUUCAUAUCUUUAGUGCUGAAGAACUGUGCUCUGCUUAAGGGACCCAAGGUCUCUCAGGGCACAGGCAUAUUGUUUUCUGGGUUGAUACCUGUUCUUCAUGUAAGCGAUGAGCACUGCACAAGGAACCUGGCAGGAAGUUAGCUGUCAACUCCUCAUGAGCUGCUGCUCUUUAGAUGCUCUUGGGGGACAUCUUUGGCUAAUUGUACUUUACAACUAGAAUGGCUGAUUCAAGGCAUUAACUGAAUGUGAGUAUAAUCUUUUCAGCCUUGUAAGUGUGAAAAUAAGCAUUAAAAUUGAUUGUUGAAUACAGCAUUUCCUUGGAAAACACCUUAGAACAUUAGUUUUAUGGUUAUGAGUGUAUGUGCCAAUACUUCUCAGCCAAUGCAUUAUGGAUGUGAGCUUUUGUGGACUGCUUCUCUGAGUCAUUGACUCAAAUGUUGUAUAUGUUUCUUCACGUAAUAAAUUAAUUUUUCAAUUUC